AUUUUGCAAGAUUUUUAUGGUCUUUUAAUAAUUAUUUAUAACUACCCUCAAUAUCUCUACUACUUAAAUUACAUAAAAUAACUAAUUAAUGUACUUAUUGAUUUCUUCAUAGGUUAAAUGGGAAAAUUUUCAUAAACUAAUUAAUAAAAUGUAGCUUGUGCUAGUAACAAUGGCGAAAAUACGUGAAUUUGUAAUAAGUACCGCUGAACCUUUUUACAAUUUGCCUGAUUUAAAGUUAAAUGAUAAAGCUGAAGAUGCUUUAUAUGAUUUUAUACAUAAUUCUCAAACAUAUUUGCUUCAAACCAAAUUGAAUAAAGAUAUCUUGGACCUGACCACUCAAAUACAAUGUGACAUACAAAAAUCAAUUAUUUUUUACAAGACAUCACCAGUAGACCUGUCAAAACAAGAAAGCAUAAAUAAUAUCAACAUUAUAACAAUAACUACAGGGGCAGCCGAAUCUUUAUAUCAGAUUUUGAGACAAAUAUUUAGUCCAUUAUUAAGUCUGGGUGAUGAUUUGUAUACGAACAAAUUACAAAAGAACCUUACAGAUUUGGAAACUAAUUUAAGAAUAUUGACCCAUGGCAAAAAUAAUGCAAAUAUUAAUGUUAUUUUGUCAAUAGAAGAUGAAGUUGAUUAUUGGAGAGCAAUGGCGGAUAAACGUGAGACAUUAAAGAAAGAAAGAGAGGCCGCCUCAAACUAUUGUGUGCUUUUUGAAGACAUUUGUGAAGAAAUAAAGUCAAUGCAGGCUAGUCCAGUUUAUGAGAUAAGAGAUAAUGCGGAAAACGUCGGUGGGAUUUUGGAUGACAUUUGGCGAUGCACCAUAUCACCGUAUUCUCAAGAUAGAAUGAUACACAUUUUCGACAUUAUUGGUCAUAUAAUUUGUAGUAUAACUCAAAAAAUAUUGAGUGGUGUUGAUCUGUGGAAGGUUCAUAAUAGUACCAAAGAUGAUGAAGUUUUGAAAUUGAUCAACGAAAGCCUUAACGUAACGCAGACAUGGAUUAGUGCGUGUCUGUCACUCACAGAGACAUACUGGCCGAACUACGCGCUACAUGCUUGGAGUGGUAAAAGCUAUGUACCACAGUUUUGUAUGAAUUUUCAGAAACGUGUGAAUGAGAUUCAUGACCUGCGUUCUAUACAUAAUCAGCUAAAUAAGCUGUUGACUAACAAAGAAAGAUCUGAAUUGAAAACUGAUGAAUUAUUCGAGCCUUUUACAAACAUAAAUAUUUGGAUUUGUAACGGAAAAAAUCCCGCGUGGGAAAAUGCUGUGCUGAGAUUCUCAUCAAACUUACGGCCAUCGGAAGCAAAAAUUGCUGAGAAGCUGAGACCACGCCUCCACAACACAUCUACCAAACAAAUGCUGUACGAGUUUAUGCGCUACAAGACUCUGAUAAACAGGCCAAUAGUGAAGCAGUCUCUGAGCGGCGAGCUGGAGAUUUUCGUAUCGUCACUGGCUUCGUUAAUACAGGGCGUACGCGAUCAGUUGGAGGCUGAGGACUUACAUAUCAAUAUGUACCAGCCUCCCGAGAUGUCGCCCCUCGUGCAGCAGAUACAGUGGGCCAAGCAGAUGGAGGCUAAGAUAAAAGAUAUACAGAUGUGCAAUGAAAACUAUUUAAAAGAGUUUCAAGGUAGCGAGCAGGUGUCUCGACUUGCUGAUAAAGUAUUGAAAGAUAUCAAAAACUUGUAUACGCAGCUCCACGAAGAAUGGUCCAGAGAUAUUCAGGCGCAAGUGAAGAGUGGGUCGCUGCAGCUGAGUGCAGAGAAGCCUGUGGUGCAGUUCUCUGCACAGAGCCGGCUGCUGGAGGUGAACUUCAAUCCGCGCCUCGUGUGGACGGAGCUGGAGGCGCGCGCGCUCGCCGCACUCGGCCUGCCCGCCCCGCACGCCGCGCACGCCAUUGAUACACUCGCCGACUCCUUGAAGUAUGCCCGCGAUCUGCAGCAGGUAGCAUCAUUCCACAACACCUUGGGCGAACGUAUGAUCCCGUCGACACGACCGAUGAUGCUGCAGGCGGCGCUGGACUUGGCCGCGCUGGUGCAGGAUCACAGGCCUGUCUACUGGAACGAUAUAGACCAGCUCGCCGACUAUACAGAGAAACUGAAGAAGAUGGUUCUCAAACUGGAAACGCAGAACUCAUACUUGACGAGUCAGCACAUCGCCAUCAGGAACAUUGUGGAAAAACUGAUGGAUACCGAGCUGCUCCUCAAGCAAGCUGAUUGGAAAAAGAACAUCAAACAUAUUAGAGAUAUCAUUGAAAAGGUGGAAAGCGAAGGCUACAAGAACAGUGAGCAGUGGCGGUCGCACUGGGACUGGCAGCUGUGCAAGGCGCUGGAGUGCCAGUACAUCAAAACCCUGCUCUCCCUCCACACGCACUUCCCGCACGUCAGGGUCGAUCUCGUCUUACGCGGUCGCAUGGUGGUGUCUCAGCCGGGGCUGGAGGAGGUGCGCGUGCAGCACUACCACCAGCUGCGCCGCCUCGUCUCCCUGCCCGCGCACUUCCUCGCCCUCAGCACCGCCCUCCACAACAAGCAAUCUAUAUUUGCAUCUAUCGUUGAUAAACACAGCUGGUUGGGCAACAAGGCGGUGCAGCAGCUGGAGAGUGUGCUGUCAGCACUGCAGGCUACGUGCGAGAUGUGGACGCGGCGGCUGGCGCUGGCCUGCGUGCCCGACCUGGACGCACUGUGCGCGGACACGCUGCAGCUGCCUGAACACUGGGAGACCAACUUUAAAGCCUGCAAGGCGUACGGGCAGGCCGUCGCUAAGAUGACUUUCGAGGAUGAGAAGAUAUCAUGGAUAACGGUGGGCACGGCGACAUUGCGGCGCGAGUUCGAAGCGCAGACCCGCAACCUGUGGGCGUGUCUGAUGUCCUCCUUGCAGACCAGCUGUAGGAACGACUGCGCUGACCUGGACGCCUUCGUCGCUAAUGCCACGCUUAUGCUGGAUAACAAACCACUGCCUAAGAAUGCCAAAGAACUAGCUGAGAUAAGCUUCAAACACCAGGCGUUGCAGGAAAAGUUGCCUGAAUUAGAAGAAAUGGUGGAUAAUUUGAAAAGAAAAGGCCACAUGUUACGCACAUGGGGUGGCGACCAAUUCGUCGACCACACUGUGAAGGAAUGGCAAAAGAUCCGAGAGCAAAUGUUAGCGCAGCAGCAAAUGUUUCAGCAUCAGGCGGAAAUAGUAAAAUCAAGUCUGAAAGGAGAAUGGGAGAACCUUAACACAAGUGUGGAGGCGUGGGUGUCCCGCUGGGGGCAGGCCAGGUCGCGCCUGCAGAGUGCGCAGGGCGCGGACUAUACUGAAAUGCUUGGUCGCUGUCACUCCGUCUUCGAAGCUCAACAGCAAUGGGAAAAAUAUUUGUCCGAGAAAGACGAAUUGAUGAAAGAAUGUAAAAAGUUCAAUAUGGAUGUUACAACAUCUGAUACUUGGAAUGAAGCUGAGAAACUUAUGAAGGAGUUUGUGGAUCUGUGGGCCGUCUUCAAAGAGUAUAACGAAGAAUAUGAAUCUAUUGGUGAACAAGAAUGGUUGGUGUUUCAAAAGAAGUUGCAUUUAUUAGAUGAAUUCUGCAGCAAGUGGUGCGCGCGUCUCGAGCCUUACACCUCUGUCACAUUGUUCCUAAAACAUACACUAGAUAGAUAUAACGAUCUAACCAUAUCACUAAAGUACUUACGAGGGUCUGAGUUCACUGAGCAUCACUGGAGGGAAGUGUUCAGUCUGCUAGACGUCGAGUACAGGCCACCGGAAACACUGAAACUUAAGGAUUUAUUGAACGCUGCCGAUAACAUCAAGAAACAUAUUAAAGCUUUACAGAAAAUAAGUUCAUCUGCAUCCAACGAGUCAGCAGUGAGAAGUGCGCUGAACGAGCUGGAGGUGUGGUUUGCGGGCGCGCGGCUCGCCCUCGCCGCACACACGGACAAGGCCAAGCGACCUGUCACCAUCGUCAAAGAUUUCAAUGAUAUACUUAAUAAGAUCGAAGAGAAGCAAUGGGUGGUGUCGUCAGUGGGUGGGGGCGGAGUCGGGGGCGGGGGCGAGGCGUGC